AUGUGCAGAUUAAGAAUGCUUCCGGAUAGUGGCUCCACGUCGCUUUCACAAGCAACUAAAUAUUGCAUUAAUAAACCACAGAACUCCGAUAUAAUAUCAGAGAACACAAGAAAGGAAGAAAGGAAAAAAAACGGAAAGAAAGAAAGAAUACGUGAAGACGUCCGAGAGAGGUUAAAGUGGGGGAGAGAAAGAGGAGACUGGGUGGGGCAGCAGACGCCCCGCGGCAAACUGUCAAACUACGCCGGUUCCGCAAGGUUCGUGGCCAUCGGCCGUCCCCAUGGUAAUGCUACGUUUUCCAAGAGCGUGUAUACACAAGAGUAGGUAUGCACGCACACUUUAAACGACGCUGAACAUAUACGAUGGGUGAAAUAACCGGCGGGAUUCUAUCGCCAAUAAAUAAGAAUACAAAUAACAUAGAACGAUUAAGAGAAUUCUGACUUACCAUCAUUUUAUAGUUCAUUUUCCUUGGCGCGGCUACGUUUUCCAUUCUCACGGACAUGUUAGCGGUGUUAUCGCUCGUGGCGCUUGCUCGAAACGAUACCGUGCCGUCGUCGGUUCUAUUGCUACGGUUAAAGUAUGUCCCUCUUCUCUGUUCGUGGUUGUACGUCGUUGAUGGUUUUUGGUCUGGCGUUGCCAAGAGAGCGGCGUCACCCGCGUUUUCGGAUCUCCCGACACUGGUUAGAUGCAAAACUCGCACAGCACGGUCACGAACGAAUUUGCACUCCGAUCGGCCGAUAAACCGGGGUGGAGCGGAGGCAGAAAAAGAGUGAGGAAGAAAGAGAGAGACGGAUUGAAUAGGUGUGGGUGAGACGCUUGGUAAAAUGAGGGGGGUUGCCGGGAGAGGGUAGAGCUAGGACGAAGUACGGUAUGUAUGGUUAUGGACGCGAAGGGACACGAUAGCCGGGGUCGGUAUGGUUUUAACACCGACGAAAUCCGAUGCGACAAGCGUAACGAUAAAUCACUUUGUACGGAAAGAAAGAGAAGACGAUUGGACAAUCUAGAAGAAGAGAAAGAGAGAGAGAGAGAGACAGGAGACAGAGUAAGAGACAACGAGACGAGGGGUUGAGACGGGAGGAAGAGCAAAGAAGAAAAAGAGAGAGAAAGAGGAACGUGGUGUGCGGCUUUCUGUUGCAGUGACCGAACAGUACACGCGGUACUACGUAAAUGUAACCCGCAGGAAGGAGCGAGAAAGAAGAAGAAAGAUUAGGAAAAGAAGGGGGUAGAGAGCUAAACCGAUGGCGAUACGAGACGAAUGUCGAGUGUCAAGAGGGUGUGUCGGCUUAUACACUUCACUACUAUCAGUCGUACACUUUUCUCCACGUCGUAACUCGUUAUUAUAUUAAAACACGCACCACACCGAAAGAAUCAGCUAGCUACACCGAGCUGAGUCAACGAACAGAGACUAAGCGAGAUUAUCACCUACUUCGCUGUCGUUUUCAGCCUCAGUGGCGGCCACUGUUGCGGUACGAUCGUCCUUAUCCACCUCGCCUACCGUCUUCGUCGGGAUUGUCCCCUUUGUCGUUGUCCUCGUCGUUUUUUCUCGCUGUAUUCUUAAUCCUUGUCUUCGUCCAAGCACCUCCUUUCGAUCACUAUAUCCCUUUUUCUUUCUUCUUCUUUUUCUUUUUCGUACGUUCGCACUUGCUCUUCCAACAAUCGCGAAACCUUCCUACCUUUUCAUACUUUCUGUCGUCGUCUUCGUCCGUUGUAUCGCGCGUGGCCACGCACCAGUUUUUUUUUUUUUUUUAACUAUCGUACAAAUUCCACAGAGCA